ACAGAGACAUUCCUCCCUACACACUCCCCCAGUGUCACACUGCACUCCUCUCCAGCCCGCCUGGGGGUGGGGAUCCCCACGCCGGGCAUGCCCCCCACCCAUGCUCAUUGCCAGGUGCGCUCUUCCCACCUCCAGGCCCUGAGCCGCUUGCCGGCACAGUCAGUCCCUGCUGCUCCCCGGGGACGCAGGCCACGUCCCUGCUCUCCCUGGAGCUGGGUUCCCGCUGCAGAGAACACAGUAUCACGGAAGCGGGAACAGGAGCUCCAUGAGAGCAAGGACUGCCUGUUUCGCUGGCUCCGUGUGCCAGGUACCUGCCUGGUCCAGUGCCCCUGUACUUGACGGGCACUCGAUUAAUCCUCGGUGAGCAAAGUAAACAAAUGAGCAAGAUGGUUUCAGAUAGGAGUAGGUAUGACCAAGGACAGGAAGCAGCAUGCUGGGGGUGGGCACUGUUUAUAGCAUUUUUUUUCUAAACAUCAUUUUCUAUCCUCUUUGAAUUUCACGUGUAAGCAAGAGAGUAUACCUUUUUUUUUUAAGAUUUUAUUAAUUUAUUUGACAGAGAGAAAGAGAACACAAGCAGGGGGGGAGUGGCAGGCAGAGGGAGAAGCAGACACCCCGCUGAGCAGGGAGCCCGAUGCAGGGCUCGAACCCAGGACCCUGGGAUCAAGACCUGAGCUGAAGGCAGACGCUUAACCAACUGAGCCACCCAGGUGCCCCAGCCUAGUGAAUUUUUACAGUGAACCCACCAUGUACCCAGCACUCAGACCAAGAUACAGGUCAUUACCAGAAUCCCAGACAGGCCUCCCACACCAGGCUUUACGCCCAUGAGAGUCCCCACUACCCUGAUUUCUAGCCCCGUAGGCUAGUUUUGCCUGUUCGACACUUUAUAUAAAUGGAAUCAUCCAGUAUAACAAUUUUGUGUCUGGCUUCUCUAGCUCAACAUAUGUUUGUGAGGUUCUUCGGUAUCAUUAGGUAGACACGUAGUCUAUUAUUUCUGGUGCAUUCCAGUGUGUGAAUGGACCGCAAUUAAUUUAAACAUCCUACUGUUGAUGGCCUUUUAGAUAGGCCCCAACUUGGGUUUAUUACAAGUAAUGCUGCUAUAAACAUUCCUGUAAAUGUCUUCAGGUGAAGUUCUGUUUGCGUGGCUGUUGGAUGGAUACCUAGGGGGUGAAACUGUUAAUUCUUAAGGUGUGCAAGUAUGCAGUGCUGAUAGAUAUUGCCAAAAAGUUUUCUGAAGUUCUUAUCCCAAGUUCAUUCCCAUCAGCAAACUAGGAGAGCUUUAGUUGCUCCAUACCCUGCUGGAUUUAGAGGGUCUCACUGGUUGCUGUGCGGAGGAAGAGUUGGAGGGGAGCUGGUGACGUAAGCGCAGACGGAGGUCACUGUGGUUGUCCAGGAGAGUUGAUAGUGGCUGAGAAUGGGCCAGGGGCCAAGGAAGCAGAUGGGAGCUGUAAACUCAGGGCUUCCUUCCGCACUUACCGUGACCCUUCUCUUGACACAGAGUAAGACAGAGGAGCUCGGACAACAAAAGGAACUUAAACACUUUAAGAGAGUAGAAAUCUCAAAGAGGUAGCUGGACAUUCGAAACUGGUCAAUCCCAAAUUCUAGGUGUCUUUGGAUCCUGGAGCUUCCCAGUUAAGUGUCCUACCCAGAGAGGUGAAGCAAAGGGGCCAGCACUGGUUCUAGACCUGCUGGGGGACAUGAAAGAGAGGAGAGGGAGCAUCCAGCAGAACUCCGCUCAGCUCCCUAUGAGGUCACGAUGCAAGAGAUAACAGGAUCAAAACCCUCAGCGCCACCUCUAGGGAGAAACAAAAUGCUGCCUGGUACACUCUGUACCACACCGGGCACACAGGGAGGCAAAGAUCAAGAGAGCUAUAGAAUUCCAGAGAUGGGCGAAGAACCUGGCGCGGUGCAAGAAAUUAAGACUAGAGCCAAAGCGAGGAGCCUCGGAUGCCUUCCUGGAGCUCAGCCGCGCUCACCAGACACUCCAGCACCACUGAUCCUUCCUGCUGCCGAGGGGACCUGUACUGAGCCAGUCUUGACCUCAGGUCGGCCUGUUAUUUCAUUAAAUCCUGAGCACAGCCCUGUGAGGUAGGUCUUGAAGACCCACAGAGAUGAAUCAAUUCACAGAGUGUGAAGUGAGCACAAGGUGGGCCUCAACCCCAGGCCCCCUGACUCCGGCUCAGUGGGGCACCUACUAGGUGCCAAGAUUUGUGGAGGCUACCAUUGGGCCCUGCCCUCGUGGAAGCUGCAAUCUGAACACAGAUAAGUAGGCACGUAGAUAAUGAUAAAUAAAUUAGAACCCAAAGGCUCUCGGGGAGUAAUGGAGACAAGGUCUUCCUAUGGUCCAGAGGGCUGAGGGGAUCCCAGGCAGCUCCAGGAGGAAGAUGAGCACCCAUGCACGAUGCACAAAACGUGUGGAGGAUGGGGUGGGGGGCUUGCUGUCACACCGACCCUCCUCCGCAGGUGCUGUGUCCGGGCAUCUCAGCGGUUCGGGCAGGGGGCAAGGGCUGUUGUGGUGCAGGCUGCUGUGGAAAUCGUUGCAGGAUGCUGCGCUCCAUCUUCUCCUCGGCCUUCGGGGUGCUGGGGGCCCUCUACUGCCUCUCGGUGUCGGGAGCCGGCCUCCGAAUUGGACCCAAAUGCUUAACGGACCGCGGGUGGGAUUACCACUUCAGAGACACCAAAGGCUCUUACUUGCAGAACCGUACUCUGUGGAAUUUGUGCGUGGAGCCGCCUGGCGUGGUCUCCUGGAAUGUGACACUCUUCUCGCUGCUGGUGGCCGCCUCGUGCCUGGAGAUCGUGCUGUGCGGGGUGCAGCUGGUGAACGCCACCCUCGGUGUCUUCUGCGGAGAUUGCAGGAAGGAGGGCACCCCUCGCUGAGGCUGCGCCGACCGGCCUGCUCGCUCUUGGACGCGCGCCCGGCCCACCCCGCCCUGGAAAUAAACCUUUGAACUCGC